CAUUUUAGUAUCACUGGAUCUCAGGUCUCCAUCCGAUGGGCAGAUGAGUUUUGAUAACAUUUCUCUCACUCUGGUUUUGCUGUAAACUGGGGGGCGCGGGGACGCGCUGAAGGGGGACGGAGCGCGCAGCCCCGGGAUCAAGUUACAGUCCCAGUCCCAGACUUUUCAAGGCAACAUUUUUUUUCCUCCAUCACAAAAGUGGGGGAUGGUGAACGCUAUUUGGUUUCUUCAACAUUUUAGAGUAAGGAAAAACGGAGCUGAGCUAAACUUUGCGCUGAAGCUUAAAAAGAUUAUUUUGUUUAUUACUUUUACGCACCGCAUUUGUAUGAUGACGAGAUUUUCAGUAGUAUGUGAGCGAGAAAAGAGGCAUAAAAAACUUUGGAAUCGGACGAAAAGACAUUUCUUUUAACGGGGGAAAUGUCGAAUCAGGAAUCUAGCAAAUAUUCACACUUUGGCUUUGUUUUAAACCUUUAAGCGCAUUGCGCGCGAGUGGUGAACGAGAGUUUAAUUGGAAACAUUUGAUGAAACAUCGAUACAUUGUUGCGUCUCCCAAGAUGUCCUCCAGGCGCCUCUGCUCCAUUGUUGGAAGCUUUUGGAUGCUUUGGAUCUGGGCAGCCACCUCUAUGGUCGCUCGGGCGGUCAUCUUGCACCCAAAUGAAACGGUAUCCAACGACUUUUGUAAGAAAUCGACAACUUGCGAGGUGCUAAAAUACAAUACGUGCCUAGGUUCACCUUUGCCGUACACACACACUUCUCUAAUUCUGGCUGAAGACUCAGAAACUCAGGAGGAAGCCUUUGAGAAACUGGCCAUGUGGUCUGGGUUGAGAAAUGCUCCUCGCUGUUGGGCCGUCAUUCAGCCGUUGCUGUGUGCCGUUUACAUGCCAAAGUGUGAGAAUGGAAAGGUCGAACUGCCCAGCCAACACCUGUGCCAAGCUACACGCAAACCUUGCAGUAUUGUGGAGCGGGAGAGGGGCUGGCCCAACUUCCUCAAGUGUGAAAACAAGGAGCAGUUCCCUAAGGGUUGCCAGAAUGAGGUCCAGAAGAUCAAAUUCAACACAUCAGGACAGUGUGAGGCUCCCCUUGUCAAAACUGACAUUCAGGCAAGUUGGUACAAGGAUGUGGAAGGCUGUGGGAUCCAGUGCAACAAUCCUCUGUUCACAGAAAACGAGCACUCGGACAUGCAUAGCUACAUUGCCAUCUUCGGCUCACUCACUCUCCUAUGUACCUUCUUCACACUGGCUACAUUUCUCGCUGACUGGAAGAAUUCCAACCGUUACCCCGCUGUGAUCCUCUUCUAUGUCAACGCGUGUUUCUUUAUCGGAAGUAUUGGAUGGCUCGCUCAGUUCAUGGAUGGAGCCCGCAAGGAGAUUGUGUGCAAAAGCGACGACACUAUGCGGCUUGGAGAGCCAACGUCCACCGAGACGCUGUCAUGUGUGAUUAUCUUUGUCAUUGUGUAUUACUCUCUUAUGUCUGGUGUUAUUUGGUUUGUUAUGCUGACUUAUGCCUGGCACACAUCAUUCAAAGCCCUGGGCACCACCCAUCAGCCUCUUUAUGGGAAAACAUCCUAUUUCCACCUGGUCACAUGGUCUAUUCCUUUCAUACUGACAGUUGCUAUUCUGGCCAUUGCAGAGGUGGAUGGAGAUUCAGUUAGCGGCAUUUGCUUUGUCGGCUAUAAGAACUAUAAAUACCGGGCAGGGUUUGUUCUGGCUCCUAUCGGUGUGGUCCUUGUCGUUGGCGGCUAUUUCCUGAUACGAGGGGUUAUGACAUUGUUUUCCAUUAAGAGUAACCACCCGGGGCUGCUCAGUGAAAAAGCUGCUAGCAAAAUCAAUGAAACCAUGCUGAGGCUUGGUAUAUUUGGAUUCUUGGCCUUUGGUUUUGUUUUAAUCACUUUCGGCUGCCAUUUCUAUGACUUUUUCAACCAAGCGGAGUGGGAAAAAAGCUUCAGAGAAUAUGUACUAUGUGAGGCUAAUGUCACCAUAGCUCACCAAACAAACAAGCCAAUCCCAGAGUGUGCCAUCAAGAACAGGCCAAGUCUUCUGGUAGAGAAGAUCAACCUCUUCUCAAUGUUCGGCACAGGCAUUGCAAUGAGCACAUGGGUUUGGACGAAGGCCACAAUCCUUAUCUGGAAACGUACCUGGUUCAGAAUCAUUGGACGAAGUGAUGAUGAGCCGAAACGCAUUAAGAAGAGUAAAAUGAUUGCCAAGGCAUUCUCAAAGCGAAAAGAACUGCAGAAGGAUCCGGAGAAAGAGCUGUCCUUCAGCAUGCACACCGUUUCGCAUGAGGGACCUGUGGCGGGUAUCAACUUUGACCUGAAUGAACCAUCAAUGGAAAUGUCUUCUGCAUGGGCCCAACAUGUGACCAAGAUGGUGGCUAGAAGAGGGGCAAUUUUACCGCAGGAUAUCUCAGUGACACCCACCGGAACGCCUGUUCCACUUCCAGAAGGAAGGAACAAACUUUGGAUGGUUGAAGCAGAAAUUUCUCCUGAAAUGAUGAAAAGAAAGAAGAAGAAGAAAAAAGGAAGACGAAAGGAAAUACGGCCAAUGGGACCUGCAGCGGACGAAGGGAAUCCUGCCUACCACCGGAGAGAGUUUGGCUCCAGUGCAGUGCCGCGCCUUCCAAAACUUCCCAGUCAUCGGAGUCUGGUGGCAAACCUGUGGGAGCAGCAGCGACAGCAGCAGGAGGAACAGGAUAUGCUACCUGGAGCCUUCCCAGAAUUCAGGCCUUCAUGUCCUCUUCCUUACCAGGACAGGUAUGGUGGGUUGGGAUACUUACACAAUAAACCCUCCAGUCUCCCCCUUGCCAAUCCCCUGACUUUAAGAGAUAGCGUGCAAGAUUGCUUCCAGCAAUCAUCAUGGCGACCUAAUGGAGUUUUCCGGCACCUUGGACAGGAGGCUUCUAUGAUGGAUGCUGGCAGGACUGCCGUUGUGCCACGGGCAGAUUGCAGGAGGGGUGUACCAAUACACUCCAGAACCAAUUUAAUGGAGGCUGAGCUAUUGGAUGCAGACUCGGAUUUUUAAGUCUUGGAGUUGUUGGUGCUCAUAUUGUGGAUAAAAGCGAAAGGUGCUGGAUACUCAUGCCAAACAAUGAACCUUGGGCAGGACUGUCAGCUCCGCUUUUCUAAAGGAUAAUGCUUUUUUAUGCAACCCUCAUGAUAUUAUGAAUUUGAACUGGAUUUAUGAAACAUUAUUAAAAAGAUAUUUGUGUCUUCAGCGUGGAUUUUAUAACAUCCUGCUUGUGAUUCUGCACUUUUAUGGUUCCAAUUCAUGUUGUUUAGUUUGCCAAGUGGGGUAAUAUGUUUGGAAACAGGUUAGUGUGUCAUGGGGCUUUAUUCAAGAAUGCAUCAUAAUUCAGAUCUUGGCUUCAAGGGGAAGUGUGUAAUUUCUGCAGCACUGGAGUCACCAGGCAGAAUCACACAAAAAAAGAAGACGACUAUUUUCAAAUAGGUUUCCCUGUCUGUCAUUGGUCACUUUAAACAGAACUAAUCCCACCUAGAACACACGCCAUUGGUUAAGCCCAUGUUGCUGUUUUGGCAUGUUCAAAAAUAGACAAUUUUCAGAUCACUUGACCAGUUGGUGACGCUGUAACCAAAUUUGGCAUUUGCCCUCAGAUCAUUGUGCUGAUGAAGUGU